CAGCAAGAAGUCCCUCGUUCCGGGUUACUGCUGCAGCUGCACCUUCAAGCAAUCAGCACAGUCAGCCCUUCCUGCCAUCGCAGAAGCUUCUGCUCCCUUCCACGCGUCUGCAUCCACCGCCUUUGCUGCUGCCGCAGCCAGCGCUGCCAAUAACACCUGCUCCAGGUGCACCUACGCUGAUGCCACCACUUCCGGGAUCCGCUGUGCCUAUCUGUCCAGUAUCAUCUCCAUUACUAUCACCACUGCAGCCAUCACCACCACUAUUGUCACCAGCGCUACCGUCCCCACCGCUGCCAGCAAAUCACAUAAGCCCUUCUCACUGCAUCAGUGGCAAGAGGGAGAGGAGGAGGAAGGAGGGGAGGGAGCGGCGAGCAGUGAGUGCGAGGGAGCAGCUGGGGCUGUCAGGGGCCAGGGGGGCCCUGCCGCAAGCUGCCGCCCAGAAGAUGCUACAGUGGCUGGUGACGCAUUGGGAUAACCCGAAACCAUCAAAAGAAGAGAAGAUGGAGUUUAUGACUGCAUUCAACAUUACGAAAAAGCAGGUUGAAGACUGGUUUGUGAAUGCUCGAGCAAGAUUGUGGAAGCCGUUGACUGCAAAAUU